UCACAGUCACAGACAGACUGGCUGAGGAGUGGAGGGAUCAGAGGCACUGGUUGGCACAGUGCGGCUUCGUUUGACUUGAUUUGGAGAGACUGGAAUACACACACACACUGAGUGUAGCUUAGUGCGGCCUGGCUCGACUUGGGGACUCCGGAACACUCACCCACGAAGCUGCAUACACACACACUCUCUCCCUCACACACUCUGUCAUGUCUCUGGCGGAGUUUGUGCGUCAGGGACAGCUCCAGGAGGCUUCAUCACAUCUGUUGUCCAGACUGGGUCAGGUCCUACACAGCCUGUCUGUCAUUGUCCUGGUCCACAGAGCUACAGACAACCUCAGCUAUAGCUACAGACGCAAGAGCACCUACUGGGACUGCCGGGACACAGGUGGUGAUGAGGACGGGAGAGAGUGAUGAGAAUAUAAAGGAAAAAGAGGAGAAGGUGGGAGCGAGGGAUGAGAUGGAGGUGCGUUUGCAGUCCAGCGGAAACGGAGGAGGAGGAGGAUGUGUCCACAUCUCUCUGGAGGAAGUGAAGAGCUUCUACCGGUUCUCACAGAGCUGUCAGCGCCUGCAUAAUGACAUCAUGCAGCAGGAGAGUGAUCGUCUGUUUGCUGCAGACAUCGAUCCUGACCUCAGGAAACGGUUUGCUUUCCUCUCAGGGGGCCGAGCUGAGAACGGCAGUCCCAUCAUCGUGUUCCCAGAAUUCCCUGCUUUUGGCGAGCUCCAGGAGGAAGAGUUCCACAACGUGCUGACCUACCUGACCAGUGUGCCCAGUGUGACAGCGUCUGGAGUGGGCUUCAUCCUGGUCAUCGACCGCCGCCAGGACAGAUGGACCGCCGUCAAGGGGACCCUGCUACGCAUUGCAGGCUCAUUCCCAGUGCAUUUACAGCUGGUUCUGGUCUUGCGGCCCUCCACCUUAUUCCAGCGGACGCUCUCCGACAUCUUCUUCAAGUUCAACAGGGAUGAAUUCAAGAUGAAGGUGCCGGUGGUGAUGCUGAGCUCUGUGACUGAGCUCCAUGCCUACAUCGACCAGACUCAGCUGCCCCAGGAGCUGGGAGGAACCCAGGAUUACUGCCAUGAUACCUGGAUCUCACACCGCACCGCUAUCGAGGCCUUUGCUCUGAUGGUGAAGACCACGGCUCAGACCUUGCAGUCGUUUGGGACGGAGCUGGCCGAGACCGAGCUACCCAACGACGCCCAGGCCACGUCCAACCUGCUGGCCACACACACCGAGAAGAAGGGACAGAUGAAGGAGGACCUGUGUGUGGCACUGGGCCAGGGAGGCCGGCUCCUGGAGAGCAUCAACGAGCCCUUGCAGAGAGAACCCGACUAUACAAUGAACCAGGACGAACUGGAAAACCUGGCCACCGUGCAGAGACUGCUGGGCCAGCUGGAUGAGACAGAGACAGCGUUUGAUGAUUUCUGGGAGAGACACCAGACCAAGCUGGAACAGUGUCUGCAGCUCCGGCAUUUUGAAUACUACUUCCGUGAGGUGCGUGCCCAGCUGGAUGUGGUGUCAGAGCGGGUAGAGGUGUUCUCGGAGGUUGGCAUCAGUCCCGCCCAUGCAGAACACAUCCUACGAGAACUCAACAGCCAGGAGGAGAAAGCCUGCGAUGUGUUGGACUGGGCUCUGUCCCUGGCCGCUGAGGGGGAUGGGCUGAUUGAGAGUGCUCACUAUGCUGAGGACUCCAUCCUGCCUAAGUGCAGUGAGCUGAGGGCCGUGUGUGAUGAGGUCACCUCCUUCCUCAAGACCAAGAAGGUCCUCCUCCUGAGGGCCAUGGAGCUGCACCACUGUCUGGAGAAGGCAUCGAGGUGGUGUGAGGAAGGGAUCUACCUCCUUGCCUCCCAGCCGGUAGAUAGAUGUCAGUCUCAGGACGGGGCAGAGGCCGCGCUGCAGGAGCUGGAGAAGUAUCUGGACACGGCCGCCCAACACCAGAUCACCGACCUCAACGCCAUCUGGAGGGACUAUGACUCCAUCCUCAACCCAGAGCUCAGGGAGCAGGUAGAGAAGGUGUUUCAAAAGCAGGUGUCCAUGCAGGAGAUGUUUGAGAAGAGGAGGGUCAGUCUGAAGAAGCUGGCAGCCAAACAGACACGGCCCGUCCAACCAGUGGCUCCCAGGCCUGAAGCCAUCAUCAAGUUCCCCAUGUCCCCUCCUGCUCACAGGAGUCAAGAGACGAGGAAUGCAGAGGACGACAUCUUGAACGUAGAAAACUGCAGAAUAGUGGAGGUCCAGGUGCAGAACGACGGCAGCAGACACGGCUCUCUGUCUGAGGAGGAGGAGAACCUGGCUGUGCUCCGACGACAUGUAAUGAACGAGCUGUUGGAGACUGAGAGGGCGUAUGUAGAGGAGCUACUCUGUGUACUGCAGGGUUAUGCUGCAGAGAUGGACAACCCAGCCAUGGCUCACCUCCUCCCCAGUGCGCUGCUCAACAGGAAGGAUGUCCUGUUUGGAAACAUGCCAGAGAUCUACCAGUUCCACAAGAGGACAUUCCUCAGGGAGCUGGAGACCUACACAGACGUCCCUGAGCUGGUGGGACGCUGUUUCCUGGAGAGGAUGGGCGACCUGCAGAUCUAUGAGAAGUACUGUCAGAACAAACCUCGAUCCGAGAGCUUGUGGAGACAGUGCUCCGACUGCGCCUUCUUCCAGGAGUGCCAGAGAAAGUUGGAACACAAACUGGGGUUGGACUCGUACCUCCUCAAGCCAGUCCAGAGGAUAACCAAAUACCAGCUGAUACUGAAGGAGUUACUGAAGUACAGUAAGGGCUGUGAGGGUUCAGAGGACCUGCAGGAGGCGCUGUCCUCCAUCCUGGGGAUCCUGAAGGCCGUCAACGACUCCAUGCACCUCAUCGCCAUCACAGGAUAUGAGGGGAGCCUGACGGAGUUGGGCAGGCUGCUGAUGCAGGGGUCGUUCAGCGUGUGGACGGAACACAAGAAAGGUCACGCUAAGGUCAAGGACCUGGCCCGCUUUAAGCCCAUGCAGAGACACCUGUUCCUGCAUGAAAAAGCCCUGCUCUUCUGUAAGAGACGGGAGGAGAAUGGGGAGGGUUACGAGAAAGCCCCGUCCUACAGCUUUAAACACUCCCUCAACAUGAGUGCGGUGGGCAUCACGGAGAGCGCCAAGGGUGACAACAAGAAGUUUGAGAUCUGGUGUAAUUCCAGAGAGGAGGUGUUUAUCGUCCAGGCUGCGACACCUGAGAUCAAAACAUCUUGGUUGAACGAGAUCAGGAAGGUUCUGACUGGCCAGCUGAAGGCCUGCAGGGAAUCGAGUCAAAAGAAGGCGUCAGACACAAUGUCUCCCAGUCCAACCAGCAACAGCCCACCUAUCUGUCUCAGUCCAUUUAGGAACUGUCAGAAGAGCGUGAAGAAGGGAGAAGAGAAGAAGACAGACGCUGUCAUCUCUGACCCCAACUCCCCCUCCUCCCCAAAACACAAAGAGGAGACCGUCACCAGUCCCACCUCUGACAGGGCAUCAGUGGCUAAAAAGCGUUUUUCCCUUCAAGGCUUCAGCAAUCUGAAGAGUCAGAAAGGAUCCCCCCUAAGCCCUGACCAUAAAGCCAAAAGCCACGAGAUUAAGAGUGACCCAACUCCCUUUGGGUGUAAAGAGCCUGGUCAGACUCCUCACAUCACUCUGAGCAGGGCCAAGUGGCUCAGCACCUCUAGUCUCUUACAGGCCAAAAGGAGAGGUUGGAACAAGGGCUCUUUCUCCAUGGACGUGCCAGAAGUGCAUGAUGGGUACUCCAGCGCCGAGGACCCCAUGAACUCUGACCUUGAGGAUGAGGGAGGCAGGAAGCUGGCUGUCGGCGACAGGUUCACAGUGGUGGCGGACUAUGAGAAGGAGAAAGGAGGGCCUCAGGACCUGUCAGUGAAGAGUGGAGACAUGGUGCAGCUCAUUAAAGAGGGAGAUGACGGACAGUGGUUUGUUAGAAACUUGAGGAGCAACAAAGAUGGCUGGGUAGCAGCAGCCAACCUUCUCACCCUCAUCACAGAGUCCAAGUCCUCGCAGUCCCUCUGCAGCUCAGAGGGCAGUGUAACUGGCAACCUCAACACCUCCUCCAGCUGCAGUGAAACCUACACAAGUUUCUCUGACAUCAAGCCCUAAAGUCCCGCCCCCUCUAAGCCCUGAGACACAGCUACAGCGCCACCCAGUGGUUGGCUGUUCAAAUGACACGUGCACUUUUCCCCUCUACUACUGUUCAAAUCAAAUCAAAUUGUAUUUAUCACAUGCGCCGAAUACAACUGGUGUAGCCUUUACAGUGAAAUGCUUGCACACGUUAGUUUUCAUUACAGUCCAUAGAUACUUCACUCUCAUACUGAAGUGGAGACUGCCUGGAAUGUAGCAGAAAGCAGUCUAAUAGCUGCUUAUCUGUCAAUGUGAAGGGAAGGUAAUGAAGGACUGCUUUCCUCUGGACAUACUCUACUCUCAGGGAUAAGAGGUAGUGUCCUAGUCUUUUACUGUGAUUGAGGGCUAGCACACAUUGAGAACAGGAAGUUCAGGCCUCUCCCCUACCUGUUUGACAGAGAUGAACAAGGAAGGACACACCCGCUCCAUUCACACACACAGGCAGGCUUUGUUAGCCUAGCGCGGUCCCGCUCCUCCCACUCCAACAAGGUGACAGUGAUAUGGAGCCAGGAGCUCCUCUACUGAACUCAACACUUCAACAGACAAACAAACAGACGCCUCAGUCUCUCUCCUGUGGACUCUGGUAACCAGUUGUGUCAUAAUGUUUCUGUGUCAGGCAGUCAACCUCCUCAGUAUGUCCUCAGUCCUCUCCUGAGUGACUUUAAAAAUAGAUGAUGGAUUUAUAUUUCAUAUGUUUCUGCUGGAUCCCCCAAGACAAAACUAAACUGUAAAAGUGUCGAGACAAUCACAUUCUAGCAAGAAUGCAAAUUAGAAUGGAAUUGUCAUGAAAUACUUUUUGAGUUUGGUCAACUGUGUAUAUCUAUGGCUUUGUCCAGAGGCCCUCCAGUCCCUCUCCCUCCCUGUUUCUCCUUCCUCCACCUGUGCUGUCUGAGCUAUUAGUGAACUCUUGGCUUUGUUCCCAGUGAUCUGAGAGACCUGGGCUUUAAACUACCGGGUGUUCCUUUAGGCAGGGGCGAUAUUACAGGACGGUCAGAUAUCAUAGAUACUUCAACAAUAACAGUGCUCAGGAUGUUCUUCUGAAUCAUUUUCUCUUGGCUCAAAGUCCAAUCCUAUACACUACACAGAAAUCCCCUGAAGAUUCAGAUUCCCGUAAAGAGAUUCAUGUCAGGUCGAUUGAUGUUGAAAUAACUGUGUACUGUACCAGAGAGUAUAAACUUAAAAGGAAUUAUUUGUAUGCGUUAAUCAAUGUGUAUAAGUUCAUUUAUUUGAGAAAGAUGUGUACAGAUAUAAUUAUCCUAUACCUCGUAUUUUUCAUUGAAUAUGUGUAUGUUGUGUAUGAAGUCCAUGGAUAUGUUUUCGUGGGCCUAAGUUUAUCAAAGAUAUUUUAUUAGUUGUUUUCGGGGCAUGUUUCCAUGGUAAUUUCUUAAAACUCCUGAGACGACAUAUAUUAAUAGAAAUAUCAUUUUCCUCAUUUGAGAAUGCAGUCUGUACACUGAAAACCGAAGAUGGAAUAUAACUAAAACGUCCUGUGCUGAAAGUUCAACUCGGACUGAUGGUUGUCUCAAAUUUCAGCACAAUAAAAGGUUUUAAACUGUUCUGGUUACAACCGUUUUAGUUAUAACAGUUUUUAUAACUUAUUGUUCUACUGUAUAUCUUUUUCGAUUUGCACCCAGUGAGAUUACAAUGUUGUUCCUGUCACAUUGUUAUGCAGCACAUUGCCGCAUUAUUUUGUUCUUUGUUUUCCUACGGUAACAAGUAUUGAUACAGAUGUUAUAUAAUUAAUGAUAUGCAUUCAUAUCUGUGUAUAUGUGUAAAUAUGUAUCUCUGAGGUGUAUUAUUAAAGCCGCUGAAUAAAGACAAAGAUUCUUUGCUUUAAUCCAA